AAAUAAUUCAUUUACAGUUGUUUACUUAUUGAUUGAGUUUACUGGUUUCCUGAAAGAUGAUCUCCCUACUGUUACUGUUGCUAUCACUGGUGCACAUGGGCACUUCAGGGACACUAUCACAUCGCCAGCUCAUCAGAAAAUACAACCAACUUAAGGAAGAAUAUCAUCAGGAUAAGUUAUUUCGGUCAACAGCUGACGAUAAAGCACACUUUUUGGAAUUUUCCAGAACUUCAGAAAUUAUCGAAAAACACAACGCAGACCAUCAAAGCCUCUGGAAAGCUGAUUACAACGACUUCGCUCUGAUGACCCAGUCAGAAAAAGAACAGCACCUCGGAGUUAACGUCUCCUCACUGGAGAAGCUGGCACGCAGACAGGUGAGAGAGGAGGUAACCCUGGUGACCAGAGGACUUCCAAAAUCUGCAAACUACGAAACGAAGAUACCACCCCCUAAACAGCAAGGUAGCUGCGGAAGCUGCUGGGCCUUUGGAUCCAGUGCUCCUUUAGAAUACCAGAUAAACCGAAGGAGCGGAGGUAUACAGAUCCUAGGAGAGCAGCAGUGGGUUGAUUGCGUGUACGAUAGGACCGGUUGUAAGGGAGGCUGGAUGUCCACGGCGUGGAAAUGGUCACGUGAUAACGAUCACAUGAUUGCUAGAGAGUCUGACUAUCCUUACAAGGCAGAAUAUGGAAAGUGUAAGAAGAAUGUUAAAAGUGCUCUUUCGGGGUUCGCGAUCAUCGAAACCAUCAAAAUUGAGAAAGGGGAUGACGCUGUCGCUAGGGCCAUAGCAGAUAAAUCAAUCGGUGUUCUAGCGACGGCAGUGGAAGCUGGAAAGUCAUUCUUUCAGUACAAAGAAGGUAUUUACGACGAGAAGAAGUGUGGGGAUAAAGUGAACCAUGCUAUGGUGUUCGUAGGAUAUGGCAUUAAGGAUGGACGGGGCUUCUUCAGAUUACGGAAUAGUUGGGGAUCGUGGGGUGAUGAGGGACAUAUAAAUGUUAGGAGAGGGUUGGACGGAAAGAAUUACAACAUCUGUAGAACCACUGACUUUGCCCAAUAUCCGAGCAUAUCUGGAGGCGAUGAUGAUAGAGAGGAAGAUGACGAUGACAGUGAUGAAGAUGACGACGAAGAUGACGACGGAAGAUGGAAGAAACUUGUCGGGAAACAGCUGAGAGGUGGGAUUACGAGCAUGAAAUACAGUGUGGGAGAAGCCAAAGUGAAAUGCGAGAAAGAUAAGGACUGCGUUGGAAUUUGUUGUGAGGGAAGUAAAUGCGAGCUUAACAAAAAAACAAAGUACAGAGAAGACAAAGACAGUGUUUCUUAUCUUUUAAACCGAGAUGGAAAGGACGAUGAUGAAGAGAAAGAUGAGAAAGACGAUGACAGUGAUGACGACGGAAGAUGGAAGAAACUUGUCGGGAAACAGCUGAGAGGUGGGAUUACGAGCAUGAAAUACAGUGUGGAAGAAGCCAAAGUGAAAUGCGAGAAAGAUAAGGACUGCGUUGGAAUUUGUUGUGAGGGAAGUAAAUGCGAGCUUAACAAAAAAACAAAGUACAGAAAAGAUAAAGACAGUGUUUCUUAUCUUCUAAACCGAGCUGAAUAAGAAGACCGAUCUUGUGGAUGAGAUGCCAUGGUUUCCUGGGUCAAGGAAUGUGGAAAUGUGAGUAGGAACAACCACCUUAGAUGAAAUACCUCUAUAUAUAUAUUAUACAGAUAGUGACAAUGGUACCUAUUUACGUUUAAAUGCGUAGAGCAGAGCAAUUUAAGGAAUUUGUAGUGUUGAAUCUUGUAUAGUUAUUAAUUUUCUCACUCAGAAUUUUUGGGAUUUUUACACAUAUUAUGUUCAAUACUAGUUGCACUUGCACUGU